AUUAAUAUACUACUAGUAAGUUACUAUCGGGAAACAGGAUAAGUCAAUGCUAAUAAAAAUAUAAUGUAAUGGAGAAUUUCAUAUACGUCUUAGGCCUAGGACCACCUAACAAGAAAAAGUCAGAAGUUUUUUAUUUGAUUUAAUUUUAUUGGUUUAAUACAUAUAAUUUCUAACUAAUUAACGAUUUAGUAGAGGUAGCGGUUUGUUCUUGAAUAUUUGAGCUGAUGUCAAUAUGCAAUUUGUCUUGUAAAUUUUGCAGCUGCGUGGCAAAUGAUUACGUAAGUGCAGUUAAGAAUCUGGCUUGCGACAUUCUUGAAUUGGUGGCGGAAGGUUUAAGGAUACAAGACAAGUCUAUUUUUAGCAAUCUCAUAAGUGAUUCCCAGAAUGACUCUUGCUUCAGGAUCAAUCACUAUCCACCACUCAAUGCACCUAAUCAUCAACAAGAAUUCAAUCAUAAUUGGGACCCAUCCCCAGUAGAAGAAGAACGACUCCACAUCUCUCCUCUCCCUAUCGUUGGAUCAAAAUCAAGAAUUGGAUUUGGAGAGCAUACUGACCCUCAGAUACUGACCAUCCUUCGAUCAAAUGACGUUAAUGGUCUUCAAAUAUGUUCCCAUGACGGUUUCUGGAUCCCCGUUCCUCCUGACCCCAAUGAGUUCUUUGUUUUCGUCGGCGACUCCUUUCAGGCUUUGACGAAUGGAAGAUUUACAAGCGUGAGGCAUAGGGUAGUGGCGAUGAAUUCAUGGAAGACGAGAAUGUCAAUGAUGUAUUUUGCGGCUCCUGCACUUGACGCUUGGAUAAGUGCUCCUCCUCAAAUCAAGAACAAGAAUAUUAUUUCUAUAAAUAUUAGUAAUAUCUACAGACCUUUCACGUGGGGCCAGUUCAAACAUAUUGUAUAUUCCUUGCGUCUCGCUGAUAGUCGUCUUGACCAUUUCAAGAAUCACACCCAAUGACAAUCCUCCUCGCGUGCUCUAGUUUUUUUAAUGUGUCCGACUAUUUGGAUUUGCAUCAGGAUUCUUAGGGCGACUUCGUACUCAAGAACUUUGAUUAAAGAUGAUAAAGUAUUUAUCAUUCUACCACAAUUCUUGUUGGUUUCGGUACUAGCUCUAGAUAUAUUUCCCAAUAGAAUGCUAACUGGCUUGUCAUGUUUUUUUUUUUUUUUUUUUUUUUUUUUUUUGCUUAUUAACUUUAAAUAUUUGCUCUCCAGGAGUACCCAGCUCUUGCGUAUUCCAAUGUGAGGAAAAAUCUUUUAGAUAGGAGGUAUUUGUGUAAUUACAUGUUAUUUUUUAGAGGAUGUAUUAAUUAGUGUAAAAAAUAUUUUACACUUUGUCAGUGUAAAGAAGUUAUGUUAUUUUCUUAUCAUAACCUCAUUCUAUCGGUGGGGUUCAUUAUUCUUACCGAUAAUUGAUGGCAAUUCUUUUUGGUAUAUCUUCAGCCAGCUAAUAAAAAGCGACCAGCUAAUCCUAUAUGUA